AUGCUGCCCACAUCGUUGCAGAACAGCGCACUCGGCGCUGACGAGAAGCGCCCUGCAAGUCUCUCGACCGUCAAGUCGCGGAAGGGAGGAGCGAAAUGGACCGCCGUUCUGGCUAUGGUCGUGGGAGCGAUGGCUUUGACGUUCCUGUCGCUGGACAAUGCAGCAUCCAACGCAGUCAACGAUAGUCUGUGGAAGGUCACCCUCUCGCUGCAAGCCCACACAGACGCGUCGCUCGACGGCCUUUGCCCUCAACAGAAGCCGUACGACCUGAAGGACGGCCUGGCGGACCUUGAUCGCAACCUUCUUGCUUCAAGGCUCAGCGCAGCGGUCCAGAUCGACACCACCGUCGGAGACGAAUGGCCUGAUCCGGAUCAGGUGCCCGAGCCAUGGGAAGCCUUCCCGCGCUUCGCUGACUGGCUCAAGAACGAGUUCCCUCGUGUCCACGACAAGCUUGACCUGGAGAAGGUCCACCACCACGGCCUGCUCUACACGUGGAAGGGCAGCGACGACUCGCUGAAGCCGCUGCUCAUGAUGGCGCACCAGGACGUCGUUCCUGUCAACCAAGGCACCCUCGACCAAUGGCGUCACCCGCCAUUCGACGGCUUCAUCGACGAAAAGACCGAGACAGUGUGGGGACGCGGCUCGACCGACUGCAAGGCGUGGCUGGUCAGUCUGCUCUCUUCCGUCGAGGAGCUGCUCGCCAAGGAAUGGGAGCCCAAGCGCACCAUCCUCUUCAGCUUCGGCUUCGACGAAGAGUCGGGAGGAAAGCAGGGUGCCGGCCACCUGUCCAAGCGCAUCGAGGAGAUCUGGGGUCAGGACAGCAUCGCCAUGAUCAUCGACGAGGGCAAUCCCACCAUCGCUGCGUCCGACGAGAUGGGCCCCGGCAUCGCUAUUGCCAUGCCAGGUAUCGCCGAGAAGGGCUCGGUCGAUGUCGAGGUGACGGUCGAGUCGGCUGGCGGUCACUCAUCGCAGGCGGGCGCACACACCUCGAUCGGGCUUCUCGCGCGGAUCGUGACGCAGCUUGAAGACAAGCGCGAUCGACUGGACGAGUCCAAGAUCGGUGGGCCGCAGCUGCAAUUCCUGCAGUGCAUCCGAGAUGGUCCGCGUAUCCCCGGAGCCCUUCGCUCGGCCCUCAAGGACCUCGAGUGGGCCUCCAAAUCGUCUUUCGAGCAUCUUUCCGCCUACGCGACGUUGCAAAGCGUGCUGCCCAACUCGUUCACCACGUACGUGCUGCAAGCCGUCAACGCGUGGUCGGGCCGUGGACGCCAGCGACGCAUUCACCAAGCCAGGGAGCGCGUGGUGCACGCCAUGCCCGCACCGCUCCAGACGCAAUUCAUAACCACCACUGCCGUCGACAUCAUCCACGGCGGCGUCAAGUUCAACGCUCUCCCCGAAAGCGCCACUGCCUGGGUGGACCAUCGCAUCGCCAUCACGAGCAACUUUGCCGAGCUCAAGCAGCAUUACAUCGACGCCCUUGCCUCCGUUGCCGGGCAGUUUAACAUGGAAAUGCAUGCAUUUGGCGAGCACGUACUCAACGCUACUUCGCCGGUGGGAGCUUCGAAGCUGACGAUCAAGGAGGCGCGUGGUGCGUUGGAACCUGCACCAUGGACACCGCUGGAGGGCGACAAGGCCAAGCCGUGGAAACUCUUCUCGCAGCUCGUCCGAUCCGUCUGGGUCAAUGAGGACGGGGAACCGGUGAGAGUGACUCCUUCGAUCAUGCAGGGCAACACGGAUACGCGCUACUACCACAACCUCACGCACAACAUCAUCCGCUUUGGACCAUCGAGCAUCAAGCCGGACAAGACGGGCUUGGGUGCACUGACAGGCGUUCACACGGUCAACGAGCACUAUCCCAUCCAGGGCCUGGCGGACAGCACCAACUUUUACACUGCCCUCUUCCGCGCUGUCAGCGUCGAAGAGAUCUGA